AUGGGAGAAGAAUUGUGUAAUAUUUGCAAUGACAAAUCAACUGGUAAACAUUAUGGUGCAGUAAGUUGUGAUGGUUGUAAAGGUAGAUAAUUAAUUAACAAUUUUGUGAAAGAAAAUGAUUUUUGAAAUUUUCAGGAUUUUUCAGGCGAAGUAUAAGGAAAAGAUAUCACUAUGUAUGUCGAUUUGAAAAAUGUUGUGAUGUUACAAAAAGUAAUUUACCUAUUAAAAAUUGUUGAAAUCAAAAAACAAUUCCAGAUAAACGAAAUGCUUGUAGAUCUUGUCGACUUCAAAAAUGUGUCAAAGCGGGUAUGAAAGCUAAUGGUAAGUUUUUAACAAAAACUCAUGGCAGCCACAUAUUACCCGAUUUUUUUGGAAAACUAUACUUCAGAAAGUUCCAAAAUAAUCUAUUAAUUUUGUUUAGUACUUUUUCAACACGGUGGUCAGGAAAGAUUACUGUAGAAGUUUGUUUUCUCUUUUUUCUUUUCUUAAGUUAUUUUAUUUGACUUCAGAUACAGAUAAUUUUUUCUGAGAAUAUAUAGUUCAACUACAAAAUAUAUUCUUAUCAAUAUUAUAUCAUAUUAUAAAAUAUUAUAUCGAAGAACACAAUUUUCUUUAUUUUUCAGCGAUACAAAAUGAAAGAGAUGCGAUUGGAAAAAGAAAAAAAGCUGGAGAUCAAACAGAAACAGAAAAAGAAGAAUUAAUUGAUCAACUUGUUGCAGCUGAAACAUUAUGUCAACAAUUAAGAUCAAGUGUAAUUAAAAGAACACAACAAGUAUCAUAUGAUUGUGGAAAAGUAAAAUGGAAUUAUGAAGAUGAUCGAAGAGCAACAUUAGAUGAUAUCGGUAAAAGUAUACAUCAACAACUUGUUUUAUUGGUUGAAUGGGCUAAAUCAUUACCACAAUUCACAUUUCUUGCAAUUUCUGAUCAAGCAUCACUUUUAAAAGGAACAGCAGCAUCAAUUAUUGUAUUAGGAGUGGCAUUUCGAUCAAUUUGUUUAACUGUUGGUGAUUCGAUUUGUCUUGCAAAUGAUACACUUCUUCAAAAAGAUCAUGCAACUCAUGUUGGAGAUAUUAAGUUUGUUUAAAUAUUUUGAAAAAUUACAAAAAAAUAAAAAUAGACAUUUCAGUUGUGUUGUUGGACGAAUUAUUGAUGAAGUUGUAAAUCCAAUGAGAAGAUUAAAUAUGGAUUUGAUUGAAUAUGUUGCAUUAAAAGCUAUCCUAUUUUUCAAUCCAGGUAAGCUGUCAAAGUUUUCAUUCAUUUUUGUUUAAGGUUACUGUAGAUAUUCUAUUUUUUGAUAUUUUUGAUUUUAUCCAGAUAACCGUAUGUUCAUUAAAAAACCGGGCCAUGCAAAAAUAAUUUCACAAAAAACAAUUUUACAGUUGUUCGAGAACUUCAAGAUGUUGCAAAUAUUGAAAAUUCUCGAUUUGCCUGUUUGAGAUCACUUCAAAAAAGAUGCGCAGAGAAAGCAGUUUUAGCUUUGGAAGAUGACGGAUUUGAUUGUCGAAGUGGCAAAUUAUUGUUAUUAUUACCUUCACUUCAAGCAAUUGCUCAACAAUUGGUAAACCUUUUUCUCAUCACUUUUCAAAGAUGAAAAUAAAUUAAAAUUUAAAGGUAGAAGAUGUUCAAUUAGCUCGACUUUUUGGACUUGUGAAUGUUGAUGCAUUGAUGUCUGAAUUAAUUCUAAAUGAUCAAAAAGCAUCAGAUCCUCAAAUUCUUCAAACAAGUCUAUCAUCGCCUGUCGAAUCAAUUAAAACUGAACUCGAGGAGUGA